AUGGAACCAAUCGACAAAAACAUCAAGAAAAUUGCCUUAAACUCAGCCGAACUCAUAUCAGAUCGAAAGAAGUAUUUCAAGCAGAAGAUGCAAGAUAUACCCACGAUCCGCGUCCUGUUGCUGGGCGACAAGGGCGUGGGCAAGACCAGCCUGACCAAUUUGGUGGCCAAAAGCCGGGACACACCGACAACCAAAUCCCGCACCGUCGGCGACACCACAUGGACCAUGCAAGUGCGCCUGCACGAGUAUCCGGCCCCCUUGGUACCCCUGCCGCCGUUUCCAAUAUUGAACGAAUUUUUGCGCAUGGGCGUCCCGCCGCCACCCCCUACGACCCUGUACUUUGUGGAGUUCUACGAUCCGACUACCGAGCUGCGCAUGCGCCGCGAAGAUCGCAUUAGCUUCUUCAAGAAGGUCGAUGGCAUCAUUUUGGUGCACAGCCUGAUGGACGUCAGUUCCCAGGACAGCUUGCACGACUGGCUGUACGAGCCACUGCGUCAGAUCGGAAAGCAUCGUCACGGCCGUUCGCGGCCCUUCCUGCCAGGCGAGCAUGUGCCGAUAAUGGUGGUGGGCACCAAGGUCGAUCUGGUCGACUACACACCCACCUAUCAUCCGGGCAGCAUCGCCUACCAGCUGAACGCCACGGAGAUACUUGUCAACUGCCGUGACCUGCAAAGCUUUGGGGAGAAGACCUGCAACCAGCUCAAGCUCCACCGCUUCCUCAACCGCGUCGUCGAGUUCCAGCUGCGCUUCCCCCUCUUGGAACCCUAA